AGAGGAGAACGAGGAGAAGAGUUAACAGUGGGUAAAGGCUGUCAGGCUCUGUUUUGAAUGUAGCUGCUUAUGUAAGGGCUUUGCAGUUGUCUGGGUUUAUGGAUUCGUUGAUUGUGGAAAAUGUACUUCUCUAUAGUGGUUCUUGUCCUGACUAAGGCUCUGGUCACAGAGGUAUGUCAGUGCCUGAACGUGACAGUGACCCCUGGGCCUGUUGUCACGGUAACAGAGAAAGACAACGUGACCCUCUCCUGCCUGGUAUCCCAGAGGAAGAGGAGCGGCAGCGUCCUCAUCCUCCGCUGGUUCUUUUCUCCUCUUACUGCUCCCACUCCGGCGCCCCCUCCGUCCCCCCCCCUCCCCUCCCCCUCCCCCACCCCCCCUGCACUCGAGCCCUCUCAGUUUCUGAUCGUGAAGAUGGGCAUGAAGAAAAACACGCUGUUCGGCAACUACACCCGCCGUUUCCCCGGGCUAAAGUUUGGUCUGCAUGAGGAAGCGGAGGGAGAGACGUACCGGUUGCUGAUUCUCAAUGUGACAGCCCGGACGGACCAGGGUUUCUACAGCUGCAGGGUUCAAGAGAUUCGCAAAUACAGAAACACAUGGAGAGCAUCAUCCAAUGGUUCCAGCACCACACAGCUGACAGUUCACUUCACUCUCGAGGCCGGCAGCAAUGACGGACUGUGGCGUUUAUAUGCAGAUGUAUAUUUGUGUACUGUGCUGAUUUGCUCACUGGGGCUGCUGUCCAUCUUCCUGUUCGUUAUGGUUCUCACCUGCCAAUACUUUCACAAAAGACACAGGCUCAAAGAUAGGUACCUUCUAGUAAAAUGCCCAGAAAGCAGCUCAGGAGAGACUGUGACCAGCUCCAGCAGUUCCUCCAGUUCCUCCCCAAGAGCCCAAAGGAAAGACGCGAGACAGAAACCCAACCUCCCAGAGGGGCCACCGACUCACACACCAGCCAAAGUACCUGUUGCUGUAAAGAGACCUCAGAAGCCCAGGAGGUUAAAGACCCAGCUCAGGAGGUCCUCCACUCCUCAGGUGUCACAUGACGAUAGUCUGACAUAUGCAGAAUUGGAGCUGGUCCGACCGAGGCCAGAGCCCCCGGCCUCCUCCGGUCCCGACCCCACGGCCUCCAGCCCGGACACUGUGUACGCUCAGAUCGUCUUCCAGGAGAAACCGCUGUAAAGCAGUUGUGGACACUUGAAUUUGAUAGUACAUCCAAACGAGGGAAACUGAACGGAGUGUCAAUCAAAAGGACAAUAUUUAUGAACUUUCAGUAUGCCAUUAUGGUUUUGUUUCUUUGCUGUAGGUAAAUGAGGCUUUUGUAUUUCCUCAGCACAGAUCCAUUCCAGCACAGCUGUUUUGGGUCUUAUUGUUAUUCUGUUGUUCUGUUUGUUGGCAUUGCUGGCCUGUGAGCCAGAUGUUUAUAGAAUGCUCAUAAUGUUAACUAUUCUUCUCAGGAGACUAUUUGGAAAUAAAGUGUUGUCUGGGCUAUUA